AUGGCGCCGCCACCACAACCAAAACAGCUGGUGCUCGCGGCAUCAUCUGCGGACGCGGGCGUGGCCGCCUGGGACCUCCGCACUGGCGCGGAGGACAUCCGCCUCCGCCCCUGCGCCUCCGGCCCUCGGUCGCUCGCCUCGGUCGCUGACCGCUUCCUCGCCUCCGCUCAGGCUCUUCCCGCUGGCGGCAACUCCGGGAUCAUCCACUUCUACUACUUGGACAAGCCGCAAGUGGCCGUCAAGAGCUUUCCUGCUGAGCCGAUCCGCGCACUUAUCGCCGAUCAGGAGGGGAGCUACCUCAUCGGUGGUGGCAGCAAUGGCAAUAUGUUCCUUUGGGAGGUGUCUAGUGGAGAGCUUCUCCACACAUGGCAUGCGCACUAUCGUGCUGUUAGGUGCCUCGCGCUGUAUGACUAUUUGCUUGUCUCAGGAUCAGAGGAUGGGAGUAUCAAAGUUUGGGAUCUCAUCACGGUGCUUGAUGAGCAGUCAAGGCUGGAGGCUCAGAAACCAUAUUUGUAUAGUUUCAGUCAGCAUGCACUGCCUGUAACUGAUAUUGCUUGUUUUCUUGGAGCAAUUGCUAUAUCUUCUUCAGAGGAUCGAACCUGCAAAAUUUGGAGUUUAUCCGAGGGUAGGAUGCUAAGAAGCAUUUCAUUUCCUACUAGCAUUGGUUCUGUAGCACUAGACCCAAGAAGUCAUAUUUUCUAUGCUGGUGGUAGAGAUGGAAAGAUAUAUGUUACUGCUAUGGGUGUUGAUCUCAGUUUUCAUGGUAGUGACGAGUCAUCUAUUCUGGGCACAUUGGAUGACCACAGCAAGGCAGUAACAAGCUUAGCAUCAAGCAAAGAUGGACUUCUACUUGUCUCUGGAUCUGAGGAUGGUAAUGUUCGGGUGUGGGAUACUAGAUGUCAGCAAGUGACCCGAAAAUUCAAACACUCCCAAGGUCCAGUAACCAAUGUUCUGAUAGUAACGCCAAAACGAGUAAAUCUGCCACCGCUACAACCAUUACACAAAGUUUGCUCAGCAAAUGGGGAGGCUGAACGGGGGACAGUAAUUCUUCCUCGGCCUGAAAAUGAUGUUCCAAUUCCUGGAAAGAAAACCUCCAUUUUUAUGGAGCGCUACUUGGAUGAGCUUCAGAAGCAUGGUGGUUCCUCCAGGUUAUUUGAUUUUGGGCUGAAUGCUCAGAAUGGCACUCCAAACCAACAGGGAACAGAAUGGAGAGAGAGAUACUUGGAGUUGCAGGAUCUCUUUGUACACGAGGUCCUCCAUCAGAUGCCAUCCUUGAGGAACCCAUGA